AUGGCUAUAAAGCUAAAAAGACCAUGGGUAGGUAUUGCAGUCCCAUGUUUCAUUAUUUCAUUUAUUGGAUAUAAUGCUCAUUAUUUCAUAUUGUCGAACUUUCUUUCUAGGAAAAGACAAAUUAUAUUCCAAUGUUUCCUUUCCAUGAUUUGGUUGUCAUAUUAUUUGGCAAUUUACACUAACCCUGGGAAACCAAUACAGUUUAAUCCUAAGGACACCAGUAAUUUGAAAUUUUGCAAGAAAUGCGAAAGUUGGAAACCGGAAAGAGCCCAUCAUUGUAAAACAUGCAAUCAAUGCGUAUUAAUGAUGGAUCAUCAUUGUCCCUGGACAAUGAACUGUGUUGGGUAUUUUAAUUACCCCCAAUUCUUACGAUUUUUGGUUUGGGUGCUUAUUACAACAGCGUUUUUGUUUCUUCAACUUUGCACUAGAAUUAAAUUCAUUUGGGAUCAUAGAAACUCCAGAAAUAUUUCUACUACCUUGAUAACCAAAAGUGAAUUAAUUUUCUUGACUAUUUUAACCCCAUUUGAUGCAUUUAUUUUUCUUACAAUAUUUGUUUUAUUCAUUAGGUGCAUCAGAAAUCAGAUUUUCAAUGGUAUGACACAAAUUGAAAAUUGGGAAUUAGAGAGGCUAGAGAGCUCAUAUUAUAGAAGAAAUUCAAAGUUCCUAGGGACUUUGAUCAACAAGGUUUAUGACCUUUACCCCGAUGAAAAGACUAUCGAACAUAAGAGUGAAGCUGCAGAGUUAAUAGAGAGAAAGUCAAAAGGUAGACUAAGAUUUAUGACAGUAGUAAACUUUCCUUAUGAUAAUAGCAUUUUAAAGAAUAUAUCAACUGCCCUGGGAUCAUCCCCUUUACUAUGGAUAUUCCCUUGGGCAGUACCUGAGGGCGAUGGUUUAUAUUUUGAACAUAAUGAAUUUUCUGGCUAUGAGAAAGGAUCAUCAUUGCAAGAUAUUUUAUUAGCUUUACCUUGGCCACCAGAUGGUGGUAGACAAGCCACUGAUAUGAACCAUAAAACACAGGUAGAGGUAAUUCAAGAGGAUGGUGAGGUCAUUAUAAGAAGUAACGAAACUGAAACACAAAGGAGAACAGCUUGGAAGAAUGAAUGGGGCGAAGAAUUGGAAGAUUUUGGUGUUGAUCCUGAAGAAGAUUAG